AUGCUCAAGCACAUGCAUGAGUUACGCAAUGACAGACCAGGACUUCAGAGCCUAGAUGAUAUCUCAACCGAGCUGCAACCGUGUUACACCGAGGGGCAGCAGAGGACGUUCAGCACCGUCGCACAGACUCAGCAUCUAGCGUCAUAUGUCACAAUGUGCCAGGUGAACCUGCCGACCAUAUACUGGCUGGAUGAGCACACACGUAAAGAAUUUGAGUACAGAGGCUCGCGAAUACACGUCGAUACAUGGGCACAGAUGAUACAUGCUGUGCAAGAUCACCAAGAAGAGCUGCUGAAGGACCUCUUGCUUGACCAGAACGACCUCCUCAUCAACUUUGCUGGGAAGCGUGUCGUUGACGAUCCCCAUAACCAGACAUAUGGACAUUCAAUACUUAAGGAUCCGCGCAACUCAGACGUCUUUUAUCCAGAUGGCGACACAGAGGUUCUUCUGCACCGGAUAGCCAACACGCCCAGUUUACGAAAAAAGUUCUUCCGGAGAUCACAGGACGGUAAAUGGGAAGUUCUUCAAACGGCUGCGCGAAAGUGGCUGACCAAGUACGCGGAGCUCAACAAGGAUUGUAUGGUCUGCCUCACUCUCUCAGGAGGGGGACCUGCACGAAGUACCGAGUUGACCGCGCUGAACUACGCCAACGGUCGCGACGGCGACAUACGCAAUCUGCUUGCGUAUGGCAAUCUGAUAUACAUUGCAAAGACAUAUAGCAAGGUAGAGCCAAUGCGAAACGGCCCCAGAACCGUAGUACCCGAUGUCCUGGAUGCGCGUCUCAGCUAUGUUGUCAUGAUCAAUCUGGCAAUAUUGCGGCCCUUUGCCAUACAUCUCGUCAGUGAGGUUUACAGAGGAAACGACCAGAUAAUGGAACUUUAUCAUAACAAGCUUUUUGUCUCUACUUCACGCCUUUUUGUGUGUGACGAUCUAUCCAGCGCACUUGCUGGAUGGACGUCAAAGAUUCUGGGAAUCUCGUUCACGCUAAGACACAUACGCCAGAUGAUGGUGGCCUUAAAGAACUACGUCGCAGGAGAGGACAUUGAGGACGACAUAAAUGCAGUCAUGUCCUCACACACGCUUGAGGUGGAGCGCGCAAGAUACGCGGUCUGUCGCAACGUUCCCGAACGGGCCAACGCACAGCUAUGGGAAAGAGUCAUUCAGGCGUGUCGAAGGAUGCACAUACUUUUCAAGAUCGUACCAGGUAAGUUGCGCGUUUGCGUAGAUCUCGAACAUCUACAUCUUCAACCCGGUUUCCAGCUGGUGUGCCCCGGGAAACGCUUGCAUCCUCUCAUUACUCGCGCUUCGAUAGCAAAUGGGAAGAGCAUCUCCCAUUCGAUUUGGAGAUGA